CACACACGUGGUUUGUCUUGUCAGACUCAGAUCUAUUUUAAAAUACCCGCUAGUAGUUUCGUCCAUUCUUUUAUUCAGUGUUUUAGACACGCAUGUUUUAGUUAAUAUUAAAACUGAUCAAUAUAUUGAGCUGGUAAGAGCCUCUAGAUACCGAUGUUUAUUUUACAGUUUGCCAGCUUCAAACCGCAUUUAAACAAAUCAUUGUUUAUGAACCCACAUUAAGCAAAAUACAGAUCAGACCCACUCACCGCUGGGCUUGUCAUGGUGAUAUAAUACAAACCUAGUUGAUAUGACAGCACAGCAAUGCAUAUUUAAGUAAUAACAAGCCUGUAAUAAUUUAAUAACAGUAGGACUUUCGAUUAUAUUUUAAAGAAGGAUGGAAUAUUUGCCGGACUCUAACACCAGAUAUAAAGAUGUGGACUACUGGAAUGAGCGGUACCGGACGGAGGAGAGCUUCGAGUGGUUCGGAGACUUCACUAAAUUUGAACAUCUUCUCAAACAGCAUGUGGGAACUGAUGAAAACGUUCUGAUGCUGGGUUGUGGUAACAGUGCUCUGAGCUAUGACAUGUACCAGGCCGGCUACACCUCCAUCACUAACGUGGAUUACUCCAGCGUUUGUGUGGAGAGCAUGGCGGAGAGACACAAGGACUGCGCUCAGCUCAGCUGGCUGUGCAUGGACGCCCGUCGACUGGCCUUCCCUGACGGUGUGUUUGAUGUGGUUUUGGAGAAGGGAACCCUGGACGCCAUGCUCGUGGAGGAGACUGACCCGUGGAAGGUCUCUGAGAAGGCGGCACAACUGCUGCACCAGGUUCUCUUGGAGGUCAGUCGUGUUUUGAAACCCGGAGGCCGUUUCAUCUCGGUUACAUUUGCGCAGCCACAUUUCCGUAAGAGACUCUACGCUCGAGCAAAGUACGACUGGUCUAUCAAGCACUAUCACUAUGGCAGCAGCUUCCACUACUUCCUGUAUGUUCUCACCAAAGGGGAGGGGCUUAGCCCAGAGGAUGCUGCAUUGGAGAGGAGACUUCUCGAGGAAACUGAGGCUUCACCAACUGACGUAAAAUUUCAGGAAGUGGAUUCUGAGGACUUCCUAAAUAACAUUGGAUUAUAGGGACUUGUACAGCAUCUGUCAAUCAUGAGACUGCUGAAGCUGUACAUGCUUCUUCUUCAUUAUUUUUUUAUGCUCCUAUACUUUAAUGGAUUUGUUCACCCAAAUAUAUUGAUUCUUUCAUUUAAUCAUUUAAUCACUCAUGUUGUUCCAAAUUCAUAUGAUUUUAUUUCUUUCUUUGGAACAAAACAUUAAAUGUUUUUCUUUCUUUUUUUUCUUUUUUAAAUUCACUUUCAUCUACUUUUGUGUUCCAUGGAGGAAAGAAAGUCAUACAGGUUUUUGAAAUAACAUGUGAGUGAGAAAAUGAUGACAGAAUUUUCAUUUUUUUAGGGUGAACUAUACCUUGAAUAGCAGUUUGAUGGUCUAAAAAAGGAUUGCACUGUAUUUCUGGUGACGUUAAAGGGAUGGUUCACCCAAAAAAUGAAAAUUACUCCAUUAUUUACUCACCCUAAACCCAUUCUAGGUGUAUAUGAAUAUCUUAUUUCAGACGAACACAAUCUGAGUUAUAUUAAAAAAUAUCCUGGCUCUUCCAAGCUUUAUAAUUGUAGUGAAUGGCGCUUGACAUUUUGAAGCCCAAAAAAGCACAUCCUUCCAUCAUAAAAGUAAACCAUAUGGCUCCAGGGUGUAAAAAAGUCCUUCUGAAGCGAAGCAAUUGUUUUUUCAUAUCCAUAUUUAACAUUUUAUAAACUAUAAUAACUGGCUUCCGGCAAGGACCGUACGCGAGUCUAGUUCCCGUGGAAGAGUGACUUCAGACCCAACGCGCGACGUAUUGAUGAGCACGGAAGCGCAGAGGAUAGAGCAAAUCAAAACACCGAUCAUGAAUUAAACGUCAAAAACAAGAAUUUUUAAAGAGAAAUGUCGGAGGAUUUUGAUAUAAGAGAAGAGAAGCUUGAGUUUGUUGUCCAGACCUAUUUGUUUGAACCGCGAGAGGUGUCUAAGCUUACGCUACUCCUACAUCCUACAUCAUGUCGUGUCAGAAGUCACUCUUCCGCUGGAACUCGACUUUUAGUUAUUAUAGUUUAUAAAGUUUUAAAUAUGGUUAUUUUUCUUACAAAACCCCAUCGCUUCGCUUCAGAAGGCCUUUAUUAACCCCCUGGAGCCGUGUGGAUUACUUUUAUGAUGGAUGGAUGCACUUUUUUGGGCUUCAAAAUCUUGAGCCCCAUUCACUACCAUUACAAAGCUUGAAAGAGCCAGGAUAUUUUUUUAAAGUAACUCUGAGAGGGUGAUUAAAUCAUGGGGUAAUUUUCAUUUUUGAGUGAACUAACCAUUUUUUGAAAUAAAAAAAACCCCCCAGCAACUUCCCUUUUAGAUCUCGUAAACUUUUGAAAUGCCAUGUUUGACUUUUUGUUUUUGCCACACUGUAUUGGUUUUGAGUUGGUUCAAUACUUUGACUUGGAACGACAAUAAGCUUUUAAACAAAUGUCUUGUAUGUUUUUAAAUAUCUUAUACCAUGCUUUUUUAGGGCUCUUUCAUGUGCAGUUUAACUUCAUGUGCAUUCUCUCUCUCACUCUCUGGCCUAUUUCUCUGUGUGAUUGUGUUGAUUGGUAUGACAAGGUUGAGUGCUUGACACCUGCACACUUGUGCAGAGACAAAUCUGUCACAAACGCUUCUCAAACAACAAAUAAACAGACAGACAGAAAACAAA